AUGGCAGAAGGAGGUGAAUACAACAAUUCAGUACAAGGAUCUGAUGCAGACUUUGGGUACUCGUGUACACCGUGCGCUGUAGAAGGCAAUGAUGAAAAAGCGUUGAAAUACUGUCCGGAUUGUAAAGAAUAUCUCUGUGCAGUGUGUACAAGAUGUCAUCUUAAAUUUUCUGCAACAAAGAAACACACGCUGCAAGAUAACGAACACCAACGUUCUGAGAGAGAUUCCAUCGAAACUACAUCGAAUGAGGACAAACUGUUCAAAUGUCUCUAUCACCUUGAAAGGGAUAUCGAAAUGUAUUGCGGUGAUCAUGACAUGGUGUAUUGCUCAUUCUGUGUUGCUAAGAACCAUAGACGAUGCAGCGGAAUUCUUGAGCUUAAAGAAGCAGCUGCUACGAUUCCUAUAAACAAGCAAGACGACAUAUUGCGACAGAUUGAUACUUUGCAAGCUGAUAUACAAGCAACAAGACAGAAGAAAGAAGUCAAUUCGAUUGCACUUGAUCAAGACAAGAAUGAUAUUCUAAAGAGCAUUGAAGACACAGAACUUUUGAUCAUCGAUAAAGUCAAAGCUUUAGCUUCAGAUGUGAAAGCUAAUACUUGUUCUAGAUAUGAUGGUCUGAAAAACGAUAUUCAACAUGAAGAUUCCGUUCUUUUGCGUGCUAUAACUGAUACUGAUGAAGUAAGAAAACAGAUUAAAGCCCUAGCUGAUUUAGAUGCAAAGGGGCAAUUCGUAAGGUACAUGUUACACAAACAUACCCUUUCUAAAACAAAAAAUAUGCAUGAUAGCGUAGAAAAAGAUGAAAAGAAAAUGAAAUGUUUUAAGAAUAACGAGUUUAUACAACAUGUAUCAAGAGCUGAAUGGCUUGUUCAAAUUGUUGGAAGUAACAGUAGCGUUCCUACCACUGACCAGCCAGUGUACAAAAAGUCACACAGAGAAGUAUCUGUCAAGGGAAAUGGAGACAUGCAUACAUGCUCCAUACUUGGAAUUUGCCAGCUUAAUAAUGGUACAUUUUUAAUAGCAGAUAGAUCUAAUAAAUCUCUCAAAAGUUUGAAUAAAGACUUCAGUAUCAUUGGAGAACACAAUCUUGAUUCUAGUCCUAUUAGUAUUUGUACGGUUGGCAAAACUGAAGUAGCUGUAAAACUGCACAAUCAUACUGUACUGUUUGUUUCCAUUGAUGACAUAUUUAUUGAAAAACAGUCAUUUAUUACAGAAGGCAGUGGCCUAAUUGGUCUUGUGUAUUAUUGCAACGAACUUUGGUCCUACACUGGAAAUGGUAUCACGGUCUAUAACAGAGAAGGAACGGUCAUAAAAACUAUCACACACAAUGCAUUUGAAGGAACACUUUUCAAGGCGGUUGGUAAAAAUCUUGUCCCAGUUGCAUCUGAUAGAGAGUUUAUAUAUGUAUCAAAUUUGGAUACUCAGGCAGCAUGUAUAGAUAAGGACGGAAACGUGUGGUCAAUAAUGGGUUUGGAAAGGCUCAAAAGAGCAAGGAGAGCUUGUAUUGCUGAAAAUGGUAUCAUUUUUCUUGCAGGAUUCAUCUCGGGCAAUAUUAUGAUGUUCAAUAAAAAAGGUAAAUGUUUAGGGGAAUUGUUAGACGGAUUAGACAGUCCAGACUCUCUGUGUUUUGACAACAAGAACCACCAACUGAUUGUUGGACAUGAAAACAGGAAUACUAUUACAGUAAUAUCUGUAGAUAUAUGUUUGUAAACUAGAUGGUAGUGACAGGAACAAAUUUAGAUGCAGAUAAAUAUUCCAUGACUAACUCUGAUAAAAAUCAAAUAUAACUUAGACUACUUAGGUAAUGAGAUAUUUUAUAAUAUUUUGGGUUAUGUGAAACAUUAAUUUUGAUUAAAUUUGAAACCAUCGUGCAUUUGAAUACAUGUAUAUAAUACAUGCAUAUUUAAUUUGAUUAAAUUUGAAACCACUAUUUAUUUGAAACAGUUAUUUGAGAAGCAUGAUGACAAAGGUUAUAUGCUCUAUGCUCCAACUACCUGUUUGUAUAUGUAGAGUAGUAGAUGACCACCAAACUUCCGACUAAUCCCAAACUGGUGAGACACCCAUUAAAUGUUACAUCAUCCAUUAAUUUAAGCACGAAAUUGAAGGCAGUGCGGGAUCAUCGGAAAUGUAAUACACGGAAAAUUCCGCGCUUUUCCCCUGCAUUUUCAUGACAGUGUUGCAAAUUACUAUUGCUAAUUUUGACAACAUUUGGGUUAUUUGUUCUUUCCUGUUAUGAAAGAAUGUAUGUUUCAUUUCAAUAUAUGUAGCAAGUUAAACUCAAUGUUGUUUAUAUUACAUUAUUUUCCUACGAUGUAUAAUUAUGAUGUCCGGUAUAAAUAUAUAUUGACAGAUAAGAAUCGAGAUUUUAACAGACACUUUUAUAUAAGGAAAAUAGUAGAACAAAAAUACCAUAACAUUGUUAAUAUUGAUAAUCAUAUGAAUAAAAAUGACACUACUUUUUGCAUAUUUAAAAUGCAGACUGGAUUAUUUUCGGUUAUGAGGUGAUUGAUCCCUGAUUAAUGAAAAAAAGGAUAAGGUUUGGUUUGACUCCGUUUUCCUUUUUCUUUUACAGCUAUUUAUAGUUUUAGCAGAAUUUUUUCAUUCAGUAAACAAGUUGUUAAAAAGUUGAGAACUUUCAAUUAUUCAUUACAUUUUUGUUGAUCAUAUUUUGUAAAUAUUGCCAUCUUUCGAUAUGAGAAAAAAAUUGUAAGAUGUUGUAAGAAAUAAAAUAGGAAAACAUACAGUGAAAUUUGUUUUAUAUUUAAAUGUUAUAUGAAACAGUUUCUGAAUCAUUUUGGCAUUUUAUGUUCCACAUCUACUGUCAGAGAUUUAAAUAAUCUAACUGCAUCUCUCGGACACCACCCUUUCUUUAAAACAAUUUUCAGUGAUAUCAAUCUAGUUAUUUGUUUAAUGAUAAUAAAACUUCAUAAGGUUGCAAACAUAUUUUUGAUCAUGGGACGUGCAUGAACUUUCCUUUUUUUCUCAACAUUAUAGAAGUUGUAGCAAAGUAUUGAUAAUAAAAUGUAUUUGAAGUUCAA